AUGGCUGUGCUGGCUCGGAGCGUCCUGGUGACGGGGUCCAACCGGGGCAUUGGGCUGGAGCUUGUGAGGCAGCUGGCCGCCAGCCCCCGGCCACCCCACCACAUCUUUGCCACUUGCCGCCACCCCGAGGGUCCGAGAGGGAAGGCCCUGCGAGACUUAGCUGCCCAGCACCCCAGCAUCAAACUGGUCCAGCUAGACACGGUGAACGUGCCCAGCAUCCGAGGGGCUGUUCAGGCUGUGGAAUCUCAUCUGAAGGACCAGGGGUUGAACCUGCUCAUCAACAACGCGGGUGUCAGCUCCCACGCCACGCUGCACUCCCUGGACUCGCAGGAGAUGCUCUCCGUCUUUGCCACCAACGUGGUGGGGACACUCCAGGUUACCAAGGAAUUUCUGCCGCUGCUGGAGAAGGCAGCGAAGGGCGCAGGGAAGGAGGGGCUGAGCUGCAGCAGGGCCGCCGUCAUCAACGUCUCCACCAAACUGGGCUCCAUCGGGCUGUGCCUUGGGGUGCUGCAGGCCCCCAUGUACCCGUACCGUGCCAGCAAGGCUGCCCAGAACAUGGUGACGAGGUGCCUGGCUGUGGAGCUGCAAGAGAAGGGGAUCUUGUGCGCGGCCAUCCAUCCUGGCUGGGUGAAGACCGACAUGGGGACAGAGGAGGCACCCCUGAUGGUGGAGCACAGCGUGCGGGGCAUCCUGACCGUGCUGGCCAGCCUCUCCCAGGACACCUCCGGCACCUUCCUCGACUGGGAAGGGAACAGCCUGCCCUGGUGA